GCGGAGUCAUCCGAAGAAAACGGGACGGAGGAGCAGAGAGAGGCGGAGUGAGGUUACUUCUCUCCGGGUGACUGUUGUGAACUUUACCGGCGGUGUUCAGGUGUCAUCAUGUCAAAAACGCUCAGCGAUGAGGAGAUGGACGAGGUCAAACAAAUGUUCAAUUCUUAUGAUGUGGAUGGAAAUGGACACAUCACCAGCUCUGAAAUCAGUUCCGUCUUCAGCGCGCUGGGCUGUUCAGUGCCUGGAUACAAGAUCAGAGACAUGAUUCAGACCAUGGACCGGGACCACAGUGGAGACAUCACAUUUCCUGAGUUUUUAGAGAUUUUUAUGAAAGUGUCAGGGGAUAGUUUGGCCCAGACUUUCAAGAACGUUCUCAACAAGAAAGAGGGAAUUGUCGCCAUUGGAGGCACCAGCACAAUCUCCAGUGAAGGAACACAACACUCAAUAUCUGAGCAGGAGCGCUUUGCCUUUGCCAACUAUAUCAACUCUUCUUUGGAGAAGGACCCAGACUGUGCACAUGUGUUGCCCAUCGACCCAAACACUGCAGCUCUGUUCAAAGCAGUGGCAGACGGCAUCGUGCUCUGUAAACUCAUCAACCUCUCUGUUCCUGACACCAUUGAUGAGAGAACCAUCACUAAGAAGAGAUUAAAUCAAUUCACCACACAGGAGAAUCUGAACUUGGCUUUGAAUUCAGCGUCGGCCAUUGGCUGCCAGGUUGUCAACAUCGGAGCUCAAGAUCUCAAGGAGGGAAAACCUCACCUGGUCCUUGGUCUGCUGUGGCAAAUUAUCAAGAUCGGAUUGUUUGCUGAUAUAGAGCUGAGCCGCAAUGAAGCUAUUGCAGCAUUGCUACAGGAAGGGGAGACUCUGGAGGACCUGAUGAAGCUCAGUCCUGAGGAGCUGUUGCUGCGCUGGGCCAAUUUUCAUCUAGCCAAAGUUAACAUGAGCAUAUCAAACUUUUCUGGAGAUAUUAAAGACUCUACUGCAUAUUUCCACCUGCUGCAGCAGAUCGCUCCAGACGGUUCUAAAGAGGAUGUUCCUCGGGUUGAUAUCGAUAUGUCCGGUCUAUAUGAGCAGGAUCUCGUGGCGAGAGCAGAGUGUAUGCUCAAGCAGGCCGAUAACCUCGGGUGCCGACAGUUUGUUACGGCUCGAGAUGUCGUGUCCGGAAAUUCAAAGCUCAACCUGGCCUUUGUAGCCACACUCUUCAACAAACAUCCAGCUCUCACCAAACCAGACGACCAGGAGUUGAUUGUGGAGAGUGAGACCAGGGAGGAGAAAACAUUUAAGAACUGGAUGAACUCUCUUGGAGUCAGUCCACAUGUUCACCGGUUCUACAGUGAUCUGCAGGAUGCUCUAGUGAUCCUCCAGCUAUACGAGAAGAUUAAGGUGCCAGUGAACUGGGACAGAGUCAACCGCCCCCCGUUCAAAUUUGGUGGAGGGAGUAUGAAGAAGAUAGAAAACUGUAACUAUGCUGUGCAGCUGGGGAAGGAGAAGGCAGGUUUUUCCCUGGUGGGAAUUGGAGGAGUCGACCUCUUUAACGGAGUUUCCACUCUGGUUCUGGCUCUGGUCUGGCAGCUGAUGAGGAGGUACACUUUAAAGGUCCUUGAAGACCUUGGACAUGGAGAAGUCGCAGGAGAUGAAUUGAUAGUUUCCUGGGUCAACAAGACAUUGCAGGAGGGGGACAAGAAAUCAGCUAUUAAAAGUUUUAAGGACCCAGCAGUUGGUACCAGUCUGCCAGUUCUGGACCUGAUUGAUGCCAUCCAGCCAGGCAGUGUGAACUAUGACCUGGUCAAAACUGGAGUCCUGACAGACGAAGACAAACUAGACAAUGCCAAGUAUGCCAUUUCCAAUGCCAGGAAGAUCGGCGCCAAGGUCUACGCCCUGCCUGACGACUUGGUAGAGGUCAACCCUAAAAUGGUGAUGACCAUCUUCGCCUGCCUGAUGGGAAGAGGCAUGAAGAAGGUUUGAAUGGACGAGACACGGGGGGAGGGAACAUCAUCAUGUUGUCUUUUAAAGACAAAAUAAAAGUGCCACUGUAUUAAUCUAUCCUGCCUUCAACUGUCACAACAUGGAUCUUGUGUGUCCCCAUAGAUAUGAAUAUAAGAGAAUCAAACUGGAUAAUACAGCACAUUUAAAGGCUAUGAUCAUGUAACAUCUCUGCUUUGUUUAAAACAAAUGAUUAAGUAAAAGAUUUACUGUAAUUAAGUUAAGUUUUUUUUUACCAUCCAACACAUUAAACGUGCUGGAGCUGCUGCAUCUCAUCAAACGUCCUAAUGUGGAUCUCAUAAUAUGCCAGUUUGUUCAUAGUGUCAGCAUUUAUUGGUAUGUAUGACCUAACAUACAUUUUGUUUUGUUGGACUAUACAAGAGGUUAUUUUCUACAAAUGUGUGUAUGUGUGUGUAAUAAGAUCAGCAACACAGACAGUGAUGUUACCUCACUGCACUCCCUUUAGUAAGAGAUGAAUCUCAGGCAAAUCACACAGCAUCACAGCUGUUGGUAAUGCAACAUUCAUGAUUUAAACAUGAGCCUGGCAAAAAAGGGGGGAAAAAAAGGCUGAUUUCUAAUCCUGGUAAUUGUAAAAUAUCACUGUUUAAAUGUUACAGUUGAAUACAUGCAUAUGCAUUUCUUAAAGAUACCUUUUUAGUGCUGAUGGCAAAAUAAAUAAAUACAAUUCCUUUACAUGCAAGCAAUACAACGUACAGUGUGUACAAUCAGUCUACUGAUGUUAACUGAUGUUUAAUAAAAGCAUUUUUCCAUA